GCCUUUGCGGGGAGGGCUUCAUCGGCUCCGCUUCUGCUUUCGGUCACACCGUCUUUUCCACAGGAAGGAGGGGAGUCCCUCCCAAAGCUCCGCCAGUCAUGCCCCUUUUCUUCCCACGACCAGCGGGGUCUGGUGUGUCUGGUCUGAGUGGGUGCUCCCGAAACUACGAUGUCCCAGGAGGGGGUGACCUACGCCGACCUGCGGUUCGUGAGGAGCCCUCUGGAAAAGAAGAGCCCGCCGAGAGAGCCCGGCGGCGGCGGCGGCGAGGGCGACGGGGAGCUGACCUACGAGAACGUCGAGGGCCCCCAACUCCGCCGAGGAGAGGAGCGGUUGGAGGAGGAGGAGGCGGCGGCGAGGAGGAGCAGCAGCUCCGGGCGGGCGCCGAAGCUGGGCCGUCGGAGCUGGUUCGCCGCUUCUGCCCUCCUUGGAACCUGCCUGCUCCUUCUGGGCACCACCGUGGGACUCGGGGUCCGAUACUGGCAGGUGUCGCAGCAGCUCCAGCAGGCCUCCCAAGACCACACAGUGGAGAGUGUCGUCCUGGCGGAGAGAAUCGGCACCAAGGAGCGCCAGCUGCAGGAGGCCAAGGCACAGCUCAGAUCCACCAGGGAAGCCCUUCAGGAUUGGGAAGCAGCUGGAAGCAGAAUGCAGGAGCAGCUGCAGAAAAGAGAAAAGGAGCUGAGCCGGGCAAGAGACAACCUGGAUCUCCUGAUGAAGGAAAAACUGCAGGAGCAGCAGAAGAGGGAGGAAAGUGAACAGGAGCUGAAUGAAAUGAGGCGUCAGUUGCAGGAGGUCCAGUCCCGCCCACAACCCAACAAGUGGACAUUAUUUGGAUGUAAAUGCCUGUGGAUCUCAUCAGAGCAGAAAACCUGGAGAGAGAGCAAGGAAGACUGUGAAAAGAAGGAAUCACAGCUGCUGACUCUGAGAGACCCUUCGGAUACUGAGAGACUCUGGGAGAUUUUGCCUUCUGUAGAACAGACCCACCACUUCUGGAUUGGACUUCAAAAAAGAAAUUAUUAUUGGUUUUGGGUUGAUGACUCAUGGGCUAGCUGGACCGAGACGCCUAAGCAAUGCACGACCGACCGUGAUGGUAAUUGUGCACAAAUGAGCCGAGGGACUCGGGAGGGGUGCCAUUGUUCUACACGUCACCGAUACAUCUGUGAGAAGGCAGCUGGGGCUGCACAAGCAGACCACACUUUCCCUUGGUGUUGAACCCAAAGACCAGAAGGUCCCAAGAGAUUUCCUGCUGGAUUUCAUCAACUACAACCCACUUGUUUUUCUUUCUGCCAGCCCAUAGUACUCCCAAGCUCUCCUCCA